AUGUCUUCGGCGCCCGAGAAGCAGCAGCCACCGCACGGCGGCGGCGGCGGCGGCGGCGGCGCGGCCAUGGACCCGGCGUCGUCAGGCCCCUCCAAGGCCAAGAAGACGAACGCGGGCAUCCGGCGCCCCGAGAAGCCGCCCUACUCGUACAUCGCGCUCAUCGUCAUGGCCAUCCAGAGCUCGCCCACCAAGCGCCUGACGCUGAGCGAGAUCUACCAGUUCCUGCAGGCGCGCUUCCCCUUCUUCCGCGGCGCCUACCAGGGCUGGAAGAACUCGGUGCGCCACAACCUCUCGCUCAACGAGUGCUUCAUCAAGCUGCCCAAGGGCCUCGGGCGGCCCGGCAAGGGCCACUACUGGACCAUCGACCCGGCCAGCGAGUUCAUGUUCGAGGAGGGCUCGUUCCGCCGACGGCCGCGCGGCUUCCGAAGGAAAUGCCAGGCGCUGAAGCCCAUGUAUAGCAUGAUGAACGGGCUGGGCUUCAACCCUCUCCCGGACACCUAUGGCUUCCAGGGCUCCGCGGGCAGUCUCUCGUGCCCGCCCAACAGCCUGGCGCUUGAGGGCGGCCUGGGCAUGAUGAACGGCCACUUGCCGGGCAACGUGGAUGGCAUGGCCUUGCCCAGCCACUCGGUGCCCCACUUGCCCGCCAACGGCGGCCACUCGUACAUGGGCAGCUGCGGCGGCGCAGCAGCCGGUGAGUACACACACCACGACGGCUCCGUGCCCGCCUCCCCGCUGCUGCCCACUGGAGCCGGUGGGGUCAUGGAGCCACACGCAGUCUACUCUGGCUCUGCGGCCGCCUGGCCUCCCUCGGCCUCGGCGGCUCUCAACAGCGGCCCCUCCUACAUCAAGCAGCAGCCCCUGUCCCCCUGCAACCCCUCUGCCAACCCUCUGUCCGGCAGCCUCUCCACACACUCUCUGGAACAGCCUUACCUGCACCAGAACAGCCACAGCGCUCCAGCUGAGUUGCAAGGCAUCCCCCGCUACCACUCACAGUCGCCCAGCGUGUGUGAUCGCAAGGAGUUUGUCUUCUCCUUCAACGCCAUGGCAUCAUCGUCCAUGCACUCUGCCGGUGGCGGCUCCUACUACCACCAGCAGGUCACCUACCAAGAUAUCAAGCCGUGUGUGAUGUGAGGCCAAGUGGCCGCCGUGCCCUCCGCACAGGGACCUCGGGACCCAGCGGGAGAAACUGCUUUAUCCUUGAGGUAUAACCGUCGGCAGAAGAAAGGGUCUGAUCCCUCCCAAAGCGGAUUAUUUGGAAAAGAAAGUUGGCCACCCGGCCCAGAUCAGGAACAAACCGUGGGGUGGCGGGGUCUGCCUGGACUUUGGGCCGUCGGCAAAUAGUGUCUACUUGUGAUCCUCGCGGGGCCGCCGCUCAGAAGGUGCUCUGUUGCGGGGAGGGGGGGCCUCGAAGUCGAACCACAAAUUAAUUCUGCUGAGCUCUUCUUCCUGUCCCCACCCUCCAGCGGCCCGCUCCCCAGAGGAGCUGAAGAAGAAACGAAGUGUGUGAAGCAAUCAUUAUCAAAUACCUUCAUCUGGGGGCUGAGUAUUUAUCUCUUUAGUUGUCAUUUUUUAUUCGAAAGACUGGCUGGGGCCUCACCUCCGCCGUCGCCAGCCUCCCCAGUGUGUGGAGGAGGCAGAGGCAUCCUCACCCACCCCCCACCUCCAACCCCGUAGUCUCUUCCGUUGAAACCACAGGUGGAUCAUUUUGGUGAACAACUUGCGUUUCUGGUUUCUGAAGCCACUGUCCUCUUUCAAAAACAAAAGGAGCUCAGGCUACUAGCUGGGUCCCAGCAGGGUCGUCUCUGGGCCCGGGGUGUAUCCUGCCUCCUCUCUCCCUCCCGCAGCUGUCUGGUUUGUGCUUGAGGUUCAUUCCUCUCCCUCCACUCCCCACACACCCCUCUUACUGUAAACUUUCUGGUCCGAGAGAGAAUGAGGGGGAUACGGGCCUUGGUCCUCCUCCUCAUCGGUGCAAAGCCGGGGGCACUGGGCACUGGGGACAUCGCUCGGCCGGUGACCUCCUCCAGGAUUCAUGAUUUCGGUGACACGGAAAGAUGAAGGCACUUUUAAAAACUAUAGCAAGGUUCAUCCUGUUAUUUAUUCUACUUUCUUUCCCUAAUAAUCCAAAACACCGCAUAGACCCCCUCCUCUUGUUUAUCAGUAUUCAUGGUGUAAGUGGGUUGGCAAUAUUUGCCGUGUGGAGUUUUUGAUGUCUUCUCUCCCGUGCUCUCUUGUUUUUUGUUGUUGAGAUAACCAUUGUAAAUUUGAAGUUAAAAGAAGUCCCACCUGUAUAAAAAAGUUUCCAUAUGUUUUAUAUAAAUAUAUAUAUAAAAUGAAGGAUGGGGGACCCCCUUCUCUUUUUUUAAAUUUAGUAUUCUGGCUACUGAGAAGCAGCCUUUGUGACACAUGUUAACCCCUUCUGCACUGUACAAAAUGGUCAUUGGGCGAUGUUGCGCCUUUGUGUAAUUUUUUUUCCUAAAAAAGAAAAAAGAACAAAAAUAAAACUGUAUAACAUUUGUA